AUGACCUUUAAUGAGAUGGUAUUGGGGCUCCUUCUUCUGUUUCAGACUGGAUUUGGGGCCUUGGGAAACUCCUUCCUCCUGGGUCUUUAUACCAUCACCUUCUUCACUGGUCCGAGCCUGAGGCCCAUAGACUUGCUUCUCUGCCAUUUGGCCUUUGUCAAUGACUUGGUUCUUCUCUCCAAAGGAAUCCCUCAGACACUGUCUGCUUUUGGGCUCAACAAUUUCCUGGAUGAUGUCGGAUGUAAACUUCUGUUUUACUUACACCGUGUGGCCCGGGGCCUUUCUCUCAGCACCACUUGCCUCCUGAGUGGCUUCCAAGCCAUCACUUUAAGCCCUAGAAGCUCCAGGGGGGCAGAAGUAAAAAUCAGAAAACCACAGUUCCUUGUCUCAUUCUGUUUCUUGUGCUGGACUUUUCAUCUGCUCACACACCACAUUAUUCUUUUAGAAGUCAAAGGCCCAACAAGAAUGAAAAACAUCACUGAAACAAAUAAUUUAAUUUAUUGUUCUGCUCCAAUUGGUAUUUCAUUUAAUGUUCCUCUAUAUCUAUUUAUAUUCUCCCUUCCUGAUGUUUUAUGUGUAGGAAUUAUGGUGGGAACCAGUGGAUAUUUGGUUUUUGUCUUGUACAGACACCACCAGAAAGUCCAGUACAUUCGUAGCAAUAAUCACACACCACAUAGUUCCCCUGAAAUCAGAGCCACCCAAACCAUACUGCUGUUGGUCAGCAUGUUUGUAUCUUUUUACUCCUUGAAUACUAUUUUAACAUUGUUUAUGCUGUUUGGAACGCUGACUUCCUGGCUGGCUCACAUCAAUGUCUUCCUAGGUGCCUGCUUUCCAGCUUGUAGCCCUUUUGUUCUAAUUGUCAGUGACUCCCAAGUCCCAAGUACUCUUUUGCUCUGUGGGACAGAAAAAAGCAUUGAGUGCAAUAACAUCCUGAAAAUAUACAGCUAG